GUAAAGUCUGUGACUUAGGGAACCUUAUCCAUUAAUUUAGAAAUUAUCCUGUGAGUGGUCUAUGGGUAGCAAUCCUAAAACUAUCCUUUGUAGGGAAACCUGCCUAAUAGGAUGUUCUGAUUUACUCAUGAUAUCUCGGAUCCAAACACCAUGCAUUCAUAAGCAUUUGCAUAAACAUCAUGAAACUCAUGAAAGAUUUUGUUUUCAUGGGAUAUUUGUAUACAUUGUUGUUAGCAUUCUGAUUCGUGAUGAGUUCAGAUAAAAAGAAACCUUUGCACCUUAAAGUCAAGUUGUCUGACUUGAGCAAAUUGUUGAAGCUCUAAGAUAGACUUCCUCCUUGUUUCAGAGUUGUAAUAGAAGGAAGAUUUGGCAAGAUACUAGAACUCCUGACAGUCAAAGUUCAGCCACCAGCUAUCACUGCCUUAGCAUAAUUCUAUGACUCUCUGCUACGCAAUUUUCUGUUCAAAAACUUUCAAUUGACUCCUACUUUGAAGGAAUUUAAGGUACUCUUGGGGGUUCCCUAUGAGAGGAAGGAUGCCUUACACCAAGCCCUUGCCCUUUACUCUCUUCUAUUUUUCUCAUCUUAGACCAAAUACUACUUUAAAUUCUAUUCUAUUUAACUACUUAGAAGAAUAGUCAUUAUUUUAUUAGAUAAAACAUGAGUCAUUCAUUUUAAAAAUGAAUCUCAUAUAAAAUAAUAGAACCCUUCUAAUACUCUCUUUUAACUUUCACUCUACAACCAGUCACACUCUGCUUUCUCUGACAUUGAUUUAAAAUGUACUAUACUAGCAGUAUGUAGUAUUCAAAUUAUUUGGUGGUAUGUCUGUUAUUAACUAAUUACUCCGUGCAGUUGUUUUGUCCUUUGCAACAUGACACAUUGAGCCAUAGCAGCAACUGGCAGAAGCUAAUAAAGGUGUUUCUUGUGUUUUUCAUUUCUAGUAUUAUUAAUAGUCUAUUCUAGAAUAGAAAAGAGAAGAGAAAAGAAGAUCAUGUGGAAGUUGAUGAUAGCAGAAGGAUGAGUGAUUUCAGUGAAUAACUUCAUUGGUCAUUACAACUGGGAAUUUGAUCCAAAUGUAGAAACGCCGCAAGAACACCAUGAGAUUGACAAACUACGCAAUCAAUUCACAAAAAAUCGAUUUUCCAUCAAACAAAGUGCUGAUCUCUUCAUGAGAAUGCAGGUAGUUGAAAAUCCAUCUGGUGAGUUCAAAGAAAUGUACAGACACAUAUGCAAAGGAUCGUGGACAUUCUCAAUGCAUGACCAAGGCUGGCAGGUCUCGGACAGCACAGCAGAAGGACUCAAGGCCACACUCCUACUGUUCAAAAUGCCAAGUGCGCUCGUUGGAGAAAAAUUGGAAACAAAGCGAUUCAAUGAUGCUGUUAAUGUUAUCCUCUCUCUACAGAGCAGCAACGGCGGGUUCCCUGCUUGGGAGCCUCAAAAUGCUUACAAUUGGUUAGAGAAAUUCAAUCCAACUGAGUUUUUUGAAGACACACUGAUUGAGAGGGAGUAUUUUGAGUGUACUGGUUCUGCAAUGCAAGCCCUGGCUGUCUUCACAAAGCUACACCCGAAUCAUAGAACAAAGGAAAUACAACAUUGCCUUGCCAAAGCAAUUCAUUACAUUGAAAACACUCAAAACCCUGAUGGCUCCUGGUAUUCUAUCUUGUAUUCUCACUGAUAAAUAUAAACCACCUAAUAAUCUAUUGUGUGUUAAACAUGAGAGGCUUUCUUCAACAAUCUCAUUUGUGAAUUAAUUAAUUAGUUAGUUAAGUUUGUUAUGCUUAACUUUUAUUAGCUAUUAAAAAGUUCUAGUGAUCA